AUGUGCCGUCGUGCUAGCUGCCAGGAGGUAGCUUUGCUUCUUUCACUUGCCGCAAUAUCUGCAGCUAGUGCUAGCCACCAACACCGCCGUCUCUGCCACUUGGUCAUGCUUCUGUUGCUCCCCGUGGCUUCCAGCGCCAGGGACAGGGACACCAUCACGUCGCGCCGCCCGCUCAUGGGCAACGAGACGCUCGUCUCGGCCGGCUCCGGCAACUUCGUGUUCGGCUUCUUCACCCCGCCCGGUUCUCGCCAAACCUAUCUCGGCGUCUGGUACGCACGGGUGGCGCCCCGCACCGUUGUGUGGGUCGCCAACCCCGACGCGCCCCUCGAUGGCAGGGUGGAGGAUAACGCCGAGGCCAGCCUCUGGGUGGGCUACGAUAUCUACCUGCUCCUCCUGACAGACGCCGUCACCGCCGUUAUGUGGAACGUCCCCGGAAGUGCGGGGAAUGCUGGCACGGCGAGGAUCCUGGACAACGGCAACCUGGUGCUCUUGGACGCGCAAAGAAGCGUGCUGUGGCAGGGGUUCGACCACCCCUCUGACACGCUGCUCCCGGGGAUGAGCCUCGGGCUGGACGUUGCCACCGGCAGGACCUUGGCGCUGGUGGCGUGGAAGAGCCCGUCCGACCCGUCCUCGAGCCCGAUCAAACUGUCAAUGGACGCGUCCGGCGUCCCAGAGGUUUCCAUCUGGAACAACUCCACCAGGAUCUGGCGCUCCGGCCCCUGGGACGGGGUGCGCUUCACGGACGUCCUCCUCCUGGACACCGCCGCCGGCAAUUUCAGCUUCGUCGGCGGUAACACCUCGGUGGUGACCGACGAGGCGCGCAACUCGAGCAUGGUGUCGCGGCUGGUCCUGAACAGCACAGGCGGCAGCGGCGGGCUGCUGCAGCGGUGGACGUGGGUGGAGCGAUUGGGACCAGUGCGACACGGUGUCGCGGUGCGGCGUCAACGCCGUGUGCGACACCAGCAGCCCGCUGCUGUGCUCGUGCCUCCCCGGGUUCACGCCGCAGACGACGGCGGCGAGGGAUGGCGUGGACGGGUGCUGGUGGAAGGCGCCGCUUGGCUGCCCCAACGGCACCGACGGGUUCGCCGUGGUGCCGUACGCCAACGCACCAGACGCGGCCACCGCCGUGGUGGACUUGGGCGCCAGCAUCGAGGAGUGCCGGCAGAGGUGCCUGGGGAACUGCUCCUGCACGGCGUAUGCCGGCGUGAACGCGAGCGGCGGGCCCGGCGCGGUUGCAUCAUGUGGACUGGCGGACUCGCCGACCUCCGCGUGCAUCCAGACUACGGCCGGGACCUCUACGUCCGCCUCGCCGCAGCCGAUCCGGGUUCACCAAGCAAAGUGAGGAAGAAGAAGGACGAACGUAUUAAAGUUGCAAUUAUUGUCAGCAUAACUGCAGUGUCAAUUCUUCUAUCACUCGGAGGGUUCUUCAUUUGGAGAGGAAAGAGAGGAAAUGGUCAGGAGGUUGAUCUGGAACUGCCAAUAUAUGAUGUGGAGACAAUAGCAGCAGCCACAGACAGUUUCUCCACAAACAACAAGCUCGGCGAAGGUGGCUUUGGACCUGUAUACAAGGGAAAGCUUGAGGAUGGACAAGAAAUAGCAGUUAAAACUCUUUCAAAAAAAUCAAAACAAGGUCUUGAUGAAUUCAAGAAUGAGGUCAUGUUGAUAGCUAAGCUUCAGCAUCGGAAUCUUGUUCGGCUGAUUGGGUGCGGCAUUUCUGGAGAAGAAAAGAUGCUUAUAUACGAAUACAUGGCAAAUAAAAGCUUGGACUACUUUCUGUUUGACAGAACCAAGAGCAUGCUACUUGACUGGCAAACACGAUAUCAUAUAAUUGAAGGAAUCGCCCGAGGUUUACUGUAUCUUCAGCAAGACUCGAGGUAUAGAAUCAUCCACAGAGACCUGAAGCCAGAAAAUAUUCUUCUGGAUAAGGAUAUGACUCCUAAAAUUUCAGACUUCGGGUUGGCAAGAAUGUUUGGCAGCGAAGACACAGAAAUCAAUACUGGUAGAUUGGCUGGCACACGCGGUUAUAUAGCUCCGGAGUAUCAGAUAAAUGGAGUAUUCUCGAUGAAAUCAGAUGUAUUUAGUUUUGGCGUUGUAGUGCUAGAAAUCAUCACUGGUGAAAGGAACCGAAUUGUUUACCCGUACUCAGAUCAUCUCAGCCUUCUUGAGCAUGAGAAACCUGAGGAUCGCCCUUUGAUGUCCCAGGUGCUCCAGAUGUUGGCCAGCGCCGAAAACUCCUCACUGCAAACUCCCAAGCAGCCUGGCUUCGCUGCGAGAAGAGCUGCUACAGAAAACCCAUCCACAAGCAAGCUAGACUGUAGUGUUGCGGAUAGCAUGACCACCUCCUUGUUCGAGGGCAGGUAA